AUGAAUCGAUCCCUCCUUCGCCUGCGGCCCACGGCCAUCCACCUGACGAAGCCCGCCGUGGCGAGCAUCUUGCGGCCCUCAGCCUUUGCCCCUUCUCUUCAGCCUGUUACACGGGCAGCCACCUUUGCCGAUGAGCCUCCGACGAAACAUCUUGGCGGCUCUGCCAUUGACGACAGUCUCGCAGACGGCGACGCUCGCGGUCGCACAGGCGGCGGUGAUGGCCUCGAAAGCUCCCAGAACGCGCCCAGGCCCCCCAAGGUUGACAGCGGCGCGCUGCCUCAGGGCAAGGACAAGGGCCUGACGAAAGAGCAGCAAGAGGAAGUCGACCGGCACAACAAAGAGUUUGAGGCUACGCGAGAGGCAGCUGCUGCAGCACCGGAGCAGGACAAGGUCAGCAAGGACUUUUGGUCGUCGAACGAGGGCAAGUCAGUCAAGAAGUAG